CUCCCCCCCGCGCCGCCCUCCUCUCCCCCUCCCCCACCAGCCUCUCUCAUCAACCCACUUUUCACCCUUCAAGUCAUCGACGGUUCUACACUCAGUGAGUGUUGGAAUUUCACCGCCAUCAACACACCAGGGGGAUCCAACACCCCGGGUUCAGCUCGGAAGGGAUCUGCCCGCACAUUUUCCCGCCCUCUAACGGGAAAUCAGCCAUUUCACACCCACCCACUCACACACACACAUAAGCCAUCAUGGUUUCCGCAUUUCAAAUGCAGUCCUUUUACAGGGCCCCUUUGACUGUCGACACCACACACGCUCAGAAGUUCUUCGAGGAGGAGGACGCCAGCAUACUCGACGAGAACAUCCUUGACCACAGCGGGCUCGACUCGGGCUUGGAGAUGUCGCCACCCAUGGUGGAGAGCAGGAGGGAUUCGUUUGGCGUCACCCCGUCCAUCUUCUCACCAAAGACGGAGGAUUGGCAGUCGGUCGAGAUGCAGUCGGUCCCAUCGAACAACCCCUUCUUCGAGCAACAGAGCAACAACCCGUUCCUGCGGAUGGACCAGAGCCAGCAAGCUGCCUACCAGAGCCACGCCACCUGGCCCAUGACCAGCUCCGGCUCCGCGACUCCCCAGCUCCAGGCCUUCGACGGUCUCCCGGUUGAGUACGACUCUAGCAACCUCGCCAUGUUCCACAGGCCCGCCAACAUGCAGACUCCCACUCCCUUCGCCGCUCCUGCCAACCCGGUCGCCAUGUUCCAGCAGCUCGGGCAUGCCGCUCCCCAGUCGAUCCCCACCUCUCCCCAGAAGGAUGCGUGGAUGACCCAGGAUCUCAAGUCGCAAGGCAUGAAGAGGCCCCGCCCCGCCAGCCCCCUGAUCCGGUCCCAUAACGACCUGCGGAGGGGCGACGGCAUCCGCAAGAAGAAUGCCCGCUUCGACAUCCCCGCCGAGCGCAACCUCAGCAACAUCGACCACCUGAUCUCGCAGUCCACCGACGAGCAGGAGAUCAAGGAGCUCAAGCAACAGAAGCGCCUCCUCCGCAACAGGCAAGCUGCGCUCGACUCGAGACAGCGCAAGAAGCAGCACACUGAGCGGCUCGAGGAUGAGAAGAAGCACUUCACCGAGCUCAUCGGGGGCUUGGAAGACACCAUCGCCAAGAUGGAGAGGGACAUGCAGAAGCUCUCCAUGGACAAGCAGAACUACGAGUCGUACAUUCACGAGCUCGAGCAGAAGCAAGAGGACAUGAUCAGCAGGCACACUAUCGAGACGGGCGAGCUGCGCAAGAAGAUCAGCGUGCUGACCAACGAAGUGCACUCCAUGGGCCGUGCCGCCACCACCGCACCGGGUUUCCCCGGCGCUUUUGCCGAGAUGGAUGGCAUCACCAUGGACUGCUCCUGGGACAACAUGCCUAUGUUUGGCGACUUUCCCAUGGAGCAGAGCACUCCCGAGGUCAAGCAGGAGAUGCAGAUUGUGCCGGCGGCCAAGAAGCCCGAGGUGUCCCUGCCGUCGACCGACUCGGAGAAGCCGGCCCAGCAAGGCGGGCUCCUUUUCAUGCUCUUCCUUGUCGGCGCUUUCGUGCUCUCGAGCCGGUCGUCGACCCCCAGCAUCCCGCGCGUUUCCGAGGACGUCCGGGCCGCGUCCGCGACCCUCCUCGAGAACGUGCUCAAGGAUGCCGGCGUGUCGCAGGUCGCCUCGGGCCUCCAGGCCCUGGCCCCGCAGCCCUCGGGCACCACCUGGGCCCAGGCAUCGCAGCCGUCUCUGUCCAUGGCCGCGCCGAUGGUCGACAACGUCGCCCCGUCGGUGCUGGGCGAGAUGGCCGAUACCCUGACGCAGCCCACCGAGCAACAGACCAACGAGCAGAUCUUCUCGCUAUCGGCUGCGCAAUAUAAUGACCUGACCUCGCAAGAUUUCCUCCAGGCUGCUACGCCGGCCGAAAGGUCGACGAGCCAAGGGAGACGCAAUCUUGCCGAGGCCCUGUCCACCAUGCGCAGCUCGACCAAGCAGUCGUCUGCCGCCGAGGUCUACACUCGGUCGCUGCUCUGGGACCAGAUCCCGGGCGACGUCGUCCGGACCUUUGCCAGGAUGGUCGCGGAGAGUAACAACGCCGCGGCCGGCUCUGCCGAAGACCGGGCCUAAUGCCUUUUGACGAACUUUACGACUUUUAUGACCAAAAACCACGCACUACCACGAUCAUGAUCCGUGAGCGAGCAUGAAUCCCCCCGACGACACGAAACAGCAUGAACAGGAGGAGGCAUGCAACAGCACUCGAGCGACUUUUUCCGGCUUUUUGUUUUUUCCUCUGCAGAUUGUUUUAUUUCCUUCUUGGACAACAACGUACACUUGAUCCGCUCCCGCGACCAACACACAGACAUCGGCAGCUCACGCACCGGAAGUUUGUUGCUUCUUGCGGCCCCCUGUACCAACACACAGGAGAGCCGUUCGCCGUUUUUCAUCCGAGUUUGAUUUUUUCCCUGUUUUUUCCUCUGGGUCUUUUGAAAUUUAGCAAGCGAGCAUUGGCUUUUUGUUUUGAUCUUGGUCU